CGCGGGCGCCGCCGCACCUGAGGGCGGAGCCAAGCCCGAGACCCGCCCGCUCCCGGGCGCGAAGCCCCCUCCCCGCGUCCCUCCCGCCGCGCUGCAGACGCGCGCAGGUGCGUGAGGCGUCGCCCGCCCGGGACCUGCAGACGCGGGCUCGCCAUGGAGCACAUCCGCACGCCUAAGGUUGAAAAUGUCCGCUUGGUAGAUCGAAUAUCUUCUAAAAAGGCAGCCGUUGGUACUUUGUAUUUGACGGCUACUCAUGUCAUAUUUGUGGAGAAUGCACCUGACACAAGGAAAGAAACAUGGAUUCUUCACAGUCAGAUUUCCACCAUCGAGAAACAGGCGACAACGGCUGCCGGGUACCCUCUGCUCAUUCGCUGCAAGAACUUUCAGCUCUUACAGCUCAUCAUCCCUCAGGAAAGGGACUGCCAUGACGUUUACAUCUCUCUCAUCCGCCUUGCAAGGCCAGUGAAAUAUGAGGAGUUAUACUGCUUUUCAUUCAACCCCAAGCUGGAUAGAGAAGAAAGGGAACAAGGCUGGAUGCUGAUCGAUCUCAGGGAAGAAUACAAGCGAAUGGGCCUCCCUAAUAAUUACUGGCAGCUCAGCGAUGUGAAUAGAGAUUACAGAGUUUGUGAUUCUUACCCUACUGAACUGUACGUUCCCAAAACGGCCACGGCACACAUCAUCGUGGGGAGUUCCAAAUUCCGGAGCAGACGGCGAUUUCCUGCCCUUUCUUACUACCAUAAAGAUAACCACGUCUCCAUCUGCCGGAGCAGCCAGCCCCUGUCUGGCUUCAGUGCCCGGUGCCUGGAGGACGAGCAGAUGCUCCAGGCCAUCAGGAAGGCCAGUCCAGGAAGCGACUUCAUUUACGUCGUGGACACUCGGCCUAAACUUAAUGCGAUGGCAAAUCGUGCUGCAGGGAAAGGCUAUGAGAACGAAGACAAUUAUUCCAAUAUCAAGUUUCAGUUUAUCGGGAUAGAGAACAUCCAUGUCAUGAGGAACAGUCUGCAAAAAAUGCUGGAAGUGUGUGAACUUAAAUCUCCCUCCAUGAGUGAUUUUCUUUGGGGACUGGAGAACUCUGGCUGGUUGAGGCAUAUCAAGGCCAUCUUGGAUGCAGGAGUCUUCAUUGCAAAGGCAGUUUCAGAGGAAGGGGCAAGCGUGCUUGUUCAUUGUUCUGAUGGCUGGGACAGGACUGCUCAGGUGUGCUCGGUGGCCAGCCUCCUGCUGGACCCUCACUACCGGACUCUGAAGGGCUUCAUGGUAUUAAUUGAAAAGGACUGGAUUUCCUUUGGUCAUAAGUUUAAUCACAGAUAUGGCAACCUAGAUGGUGAUCCCAAAGAAAUCUCUCCAGUUAUUGACCAGUUCAUUGAGUGUGUCUGGCAGUUAAUGGAACAGUUUCCCUGUGCCUUUGAGUUUAAUGAGAGGUUUUUGAUUCAUAUUCAACACCACAUCUAUUCCUGCCAGUUUGGAAACUUCCUAUGUAACAGCCAGAAGGAGAGACAAGAACUCAAAAUUCAAGAAAGAACAUACUCUUUAUGGGCUCACCUGUGGAAGAAUCGGGGUGACUACCUGAACCCUCUAUUUAGAGAUGAUCCCAGUCAGACCCAGGGAACCCUCCAUCUCCCCACGACGCCAUGCAACUUCAUGUACAAGUUUUGGAGUGGAAUGUAUAACCGCUUUGAAAAGGGACUGCAGCCCCGACAGUCGGUCACAGAUUACCUUAUGGCUGUGAAGGAGGAAACCCAGCAGCUGGAGGAAGAACUUGAGGCCCUAGAAGAAAGGCUGGAAAAAAUUCAGAAAGUCCAGUUAAAUCGCACUCAAGUGAAGAGUAAGCAGAGUGAACCCAGUAAACACUCGGGGUUUUCUACCUCAGACAACAGCACAGCCAACACUCCCCAGGAUUACAGCGGGAAUACGAAGUCAUUUCCAUCCAGGAGCCCUUCACAGGGCGAUGAAGAUUCUGCUUUGAUUCUGCCCCAAGACAAUUUGAAAAGCUCAGACCCAGAUCUGUCAGCCAACAGUGACCAGGAGUCUGGGGUGGAGGAUCUGAGCUGCCGCUCGGCCAGCGGUGGGGAGUGUGCGCCGAGCGAGGACAGCGGCAAGGACCCGGACUCUGACGAGGCCGUGUUUCUCACGGCCUGAAGGUCCCCUGCGGGGUUGCCAAGUGAAGGAAACACAAACACGUUCCAGAAAUAAGGGAACAGUGCAAUUCCAAAUGACAGAGUCGCCCAACAAAUGACAACAGGCCCUGGAGAAUUAUAAAAUGUAGCAGUGAAAAGAAAAAAGCCCCACUGGUAGUUCCUUCAGGUGUUGAAGAACAGGAAGUAGCCAUUUCUUUUAUCAAACAAGUGUAAGGAAAAUGAUUCCCCAUUUUGAAAAUCAUUCUAGACUGGAAGAAGUUUUAGUCACUACAGAGCAAUGACCUCUACCAUCACCUGAGGUUAUCAAUUCAAAUCUUCCUUGAUAGCCUGCAGCUGGUCAGAAAGUGCCCUGACCUCUUUCCUUCACACUUAUCACUUCAGUCUUUCCCCUUAUUUCACUUCCAGAUGCAUAUUUUGUUUCCUAAAAUAUUUUAUGUUACCUUCCUUCCUGACUCUCUUAUCAGUAUUCCUAAUAAUGGAACACAUUAUGGUUAAUAGACAGACAUAUUUCUGUAACUGAUGAGCUCUAUAACUGCACUUAAGCUUAUCUUUCAGGUUUAUUGUUCACUUUUUUCCUUAGGUAAUAUAUUUUAAAUCGUUAUAAUAAUUUCGUUGCCUUUUCCUGGAAUUUCAUAUUGCUCCUUAUUUAAAAAACACUAAGAAAGACUUACAACACACUUUAACACCAGUGUACCACCUAAUAAAGUAGAAACAAUAUUUACUCUCUGGUUCUUAAAUAUGAAUUUGGAUCAUAUUAACUUUUAAAAUAACAACCUUUUAUUACUACUCCAGAGGCUACAUCACCAGGACAGGGUGGGUCAACCACCAGCCUGAUCCCUGAAGUAUGACUGUAUAAAGUCACAGGGCACCAUUUCAAUGAGAGAAGAUGUCAUGUAAGAACUACAGAAUUUGGUUUUCAUGUCUGUUUACCACGUGGAGUAAGUUCUGUCAUUUGUUACCUUAGGAACCGUGUGACUGGUUAGUACUGUUUCAUCGACGUUCUGCCUGCAGAGCCCACACAGCUGUCUCAGCCAGCAGCCCCGUACAUCAACAGAGUCCGGUCGGUCGGUGGUGCAGUCUGACCAGAGAAUGCGACAGGGCGCAGGUUUGCCUGGCUCGGGCUCCCGAGGGGACGUGCUGCUGGCCCUGGGGUCCAGUCUGCCCACGCCCAGGCAGAAGAGCUGAGCCAUGGCGCCACUGCUGCAGACUGUGGCUCCUGGCCCCUACUGACCAGAAAGCCUGGUUCAGGAAGAUCUGGGAGCUGCCUGAAAUGGGCCUUCUCAGUCCUCCCCUGGCAGGAGACAGAGCCCCACCCGACAGGGAGGGGUGGCGAGAACACCUGGAAGCUGCAUACCCCAGCAGCGCUUGAGCUGAGAAGCGGGUGGGCAGAGCUGACUGCCCUGAGAGCAAAGCCAGUGGCCCUGUUUGGCCAGGGAACCUGGGGCACAGGUUGACUUGAGACCACAGAGAGCAUUAGUGACCUUCGAGCUGCUUCCCCCACGGUGCCUGAGCAGGGAAACUCAUCUGUAGCCCCACUUAUUGCUGAAAACAUGCAUCAGCCUGCCUGACCAGGGAGCUUUACCAGAACACACGGGAAACUGCAUAACCCAUCCAACAGCCCCGUUUACAGUGGCAGUUGAACAGAGAGCACAGCCUGUGACUUUCCCUGUCUGCAGAGCAAGACUGGUGGCCUGCACCUUCAGUGCACACUCCUGCCUGAUUCAGGUCCCCAGACAAUGAACUGUGCAGGCCUUGUGUCCCAUCCUGCUGCACCACCAGGGCAGGGAAGCUAAUUUCAUAGCCACACCUAAUGCUGAGUAUAGUAUCCAGUCCCAGCUGUCUAGUAACAUCACAGAAUCCAAGCAACCAUGAAGCCGACCCUACAGCCUCACCUGGGUGGGAGGAGAACCAACCCAGCAGUCCUACCAGGCUAUCUCAGCCAAUGACCCUCGCCUCCCCCUCAGUGCUCAAACAGAUGCCUUGCCCAAAAAGAGACCACCUAAGUACACAAAGCAAAAACUAGCAGAGCUAAAAGGAGCAAUAAAAGCAAUAAAAUAAUAGUUGGGGACUUUAAUACCCCACUCUAGACAAUGGAUAGAUCAUCCAGGGAGAGAAUCAAUAAGGAAACAGCAAAUUUGAACCACACUAUAUACCAAAUGUACUAACAGACAUAUACAGAACAUUCUGUUCAUCAACAGCAGAAUACACAUUCUUCUCAAGUGGACAUGAACAUUUUCUAGGAUACACCAUAUGUUAGGCCACAGAACAAGCCAGUAAAUUCAAGAAGAUUGAAAUCAUACCAGGUAUCUUCUCUGACCACAAUGGUAUGAAACUAGAAAUCAGUAACAAGAGGAAAACUGGAAAAGUCACAAACAUAUGGAAUGAAAACUCUCGUGAACAACCAAUGGAUCAAAGAAGAAAUUAAAGGGGAUAUAAAGAGUAUCUUGAGACAAACGAAAAUGGAAACACAACAAAACUUAUGGGAUGCAUCAAAAGCAAUUCUAAGAGGGAAGUUCACAGCAAUAAAUGCCUACAUUAAGAAGCAAGAAAGAUCCCAUAUAACCAUCCUAACUCUACGCCUUGGGGAACUAGAAAAAGAAGAACUGAGCCUAAAGUUAGCAGAAGGAAAUAGCAGCAAAGAUUAGAGCAGAAAUAAAUGAAAUAGAGAAUAGGAAAACAACAGAAAAGAUUAACCAAACUAAGAGUUGGUUCUUUGAAAAGGUAAACCAAGGAAAAAAGGACCCAAAUCAACAAAAUUGUAAAUGAAAAAGGAGACAUUACAACUGAUAGCACAGAAAUAAAGAAUUGUAAGAGGCUACUAUGAAAAACUAUAUGCCAAUAAACUGGACAUCCUAGAAGAAAUUCAAAAUUCUUAGAAACAUACUAUCAAGAGUGAAUCAGGACAAAAUAGAAAGUCUGAAUAGACCAAUUACUAGUAAAGAGAUUGAAUUAGUAAUCAAAAAUCUCUCACGGAGGAAAAGCCCAGAACCAGAGGGCUUCAACUGGUUAAUUUCACAAAACAUCUUAAGAAAAAUUAAUGCCAAUCUUUCCCCCAAAAUUGAAGAGGAGGAACACUCCCAAAACUCAUUUUAUGAGGCCAGCAUCACUGAUAGCAAAGCUGGAAAAGAACAUUACCAAAAAAGGAAACUACAGACCAAUAUCCCUGAUGAAGAGAUGUAAAAAUUUGCAAUAAAAUACUAGCAAAUUGAAAUCAGCAGCACAUUAAAAGGAUCAUUCACCAUGAUCAACUGGGAUUUAUACCUGGCAUGCAAGGAUGGUUCAACAUACACAAAUCAAUGUGAUAAAUCAUACUAAUCAAAUGAAGGAAAAAAAUAUCAUCUGAUUAGAUGCAGAAAAAGCAUUUGACAAAGUUCAACAUUCAUUCAUGAUAAAAACUCUCAACAAAUUAGGUAUACAAGGAAUAUACUUCAACAUAAUAAAGGCCAAAAGGGAAUAGCCCACAGCUAAUAUCAUACUCACUGUUGAAAGGCUGAAAGCUUUUCCACUAAUUUCAGGAACAAGAUAAGCGUGCCCACUCUGACCACUUCUACUCAACAAAGUAGACCACAAAGUAGACCAAAGUAGAAGGAAAAGAAACAAAAGGUAUCAGAAUUGGAAAGGAAGAAGUAAAACUGUCUCUGUAUGUAGAUGACAUGUUUUUAUACAUAGAAAAUUCUAAAGACUCCACAAAAAAAUCUGUUAGAUCUAAUCAACAAAUUCAGUAAAGUUGCAGGAUACAAAAGUAACAUAAAAAAACAAUGGCGGGGGGCUUCCCUGGUGGCGCAGUGGUUGGGAGUCCGCCUGCCGAUGCGGGGGACACGGGUUUGUGCACUGGUCCGGGAGGAUCCCGCAUGCCGCGGAGUGGCGGGGCCCGUGGGCCGUGGCCGCUGGGCUUGCGCGUCUGAAGCCUGUGCUCUGCAACGGGAGAGGCCACGGCAGUGAGAGGUCCGCGUA